CUUCCGGGGUAUGUGUUACCCAUAAUGCACCGCGCUCAUUCAGUCCCACUGAUAAACAUGGCGUCGAGGGCACCAGUGGCAUCAGGCAGGCUUCUGAGCGGCUUGAGAAAAUGGUAUUAUAAUCUGAGCGGCUUCAACAAAUUCGGUUUGAUGCGAGACGACACGAUAUACGAGGACGGCGACGUGAAAGAGGCCUUGAGGCGGCUCCCGGAGAACGUCUACAACGACCGCAUGUUCCGCAUCAAGAGAGCCCUGGACCUGUCCAUGAAGCAGCAGAUCCUCCCCAAAGACCAGUGGACAAAAUACGAGGAGGACGACCACUACCUGACGCCGUACCUGGACGAGGUGAUCCGCGAGAGGAAAGAGAGGGAGGAAUGGAUGAAGAAAUGAAUGGCGUGGUAUUUAAAGUGACAUGUAACCAAUUUCCCCACUAAAAUGUGCAUUUAUGACAAA